CUUUCACCAAUUUUCUUCUACCUCACAUCACUCCCACCAAACCAACUCCUCCAUUCUCUCUCCUCUAAUUAAAAAAAAAAAUGCCAGGUUUAGUCUCCGCCAAAACUCCACCACCAACACUUUCUCUCUCCACCGCACAAACCACCACCACCACCACUCCUCAGAUCCGCCUAAACUCUCCAUCUCCACAACCCAAACGUCCUCCAUCACCAUCCCCUUCAUCUUCCCGGGCCAAACCUUCCCCUGAUCGGAGCUCCGGUAAAAAAAAACCAUCCCCAUCUUCCGACCCAACAAAACUUGGGCUCAACUUAGAUGAAUCCUCUCUUGAUAACCCAGAUCUAGGCCCAUUUCUUCUUAAACUUGCUAGAGAUACAAUCGCUUCUGGUGAUGGCCCAAUUAAAGCCCUUGAUUUUGCUAUACGAGCUUCAAAGUCUUUUGAAAGAUGUGCUAUUGAUGGAGAACCUUGUUUGGAUUUGGCUAUGAGUCUUCAUGUUGUUGCUGCUAUUUAUUGUAGUUUAGGAAGAUUUGAUGAAGCUAUUCCUGUACUUGAACGUGCUAUUAAAGUUCCAGAUGUUUCUAGAGGAUCAGAUCAUGCUUUGGCUGCUUUUUCUGGGUUUAUGCAAUUGGGUGAUACUCAUUCUAUGUUGGGUCAGAUUGAUAAAUCUGUUCAUUGUUAUAAAGAUGGGUUGAGUAUUCAGAUUCAAACUCUUGGGGAUUCUGAUCCUCGUGUUGCUGAGACUUGUAGGUAUUUGGCUGAAGCCCAUGUCCAAACAAUGCAAUUUGAUGAAGCUGAAAAGUUGUGUAAGCAAACCCUAGAAAUCCAUCGUGUUCAUAGUGCUCCUGCAUCCCUCGAAGAGGCAGCUGAUCGCCGUUUGAUGGCUCUCAUAUUGGAGGCAAAGGCGGAUUAUGAGUCAGCCCUAGAGCACCUUGUCCUUGCUAGCAUGGCAAUGAUUGCCAAUGGACAAGAAAACGAGGUUGCUUCUAUCGAUGUCAGCAUUGGGAACAUAUACCAGUCUCUGUGCCGGUUUGAUGAGGCUGUUUUCUCUUAUCAGAAGGCACUGACUGUCUUCAAAUCAUCCAAGGGGGAGAACCACCCUUCUGUUGCAUCUGUGUUUGUUCGCCUUGCAGACCUGUACUACAAGACGGGAAAACUUAGAGAGUCGAAGUCUUACUGUGAGAAUGCACUAAGGAUAUACAACAAGCCUGUUCCUGGGACCUCGCAAGAGGAAAUUGCCAGUGGAUUGAGUGAUAUUGCAGCUGUGUAUGAGUCUGUUAAUGAGCCUGAGGAGGCAUUAAGGCUCUUGCAGAGGGCAAUGAAGUUACUGGAGGAUAAGGCUGGUCAACAAAACACUAUUGCAGGGCUAGAAGCACGUGUAGGUGUCAUGUAUUACAUGAUUGGUAGACAUGGUGAAGCUUUGAGCUCUUUUGAAAGUGCGAUCUCUAAGCUUAGAGCCAGUGGUGAAAGAAAGUCCGCUUUCUUUGGUGUAUUAUUGAAUCAGAUGGGAUUGGCAUGUGUACAAUUGUUUAAGAUUGAUCAGGCAGCGGAGUUGUUUGAAGAAGCUAGAGCAGUCUUGGAGCAAGAAUGUGGCCCUUGUCACCAAGACACGCUUGGAGUAUACAGCAACCUUGCAGCUACAUAUGAUGCUAUGGGAAGAGUAGAAGAUUCUAUCGAGAUCUUGGAGUAUGUGGUCAAGUUGAGGGAAGAGAAGCUAGGCACAGCCAAUCCCGACUUUGAUGAUGAGAAGAGCAGGCUUGCAGAGCUGUUAAAAGAAGCUGGCAAGAGCAGAAAUCGUAAAGCAAAAUCGCUUGAGAACCUCAUCGAUCCAAAUUCAAAGAGGACAAAGAAAGAGACGGCGAAGAGGUGGGGAGGGUUGGGUUUUAGGAUUUGAAGAAGCAGUUCUUCCCAACUUGCAGCUGCUCUCUUGUGUAACAUAUAGUGUAUAGGUUUAAAGAUGUAAGCUGGUGUGUCCAUUACUUUUAAACCUCUUAAUUUCUUCUCUUGAUUUCAUUUAUUUUUAAUUGAUUGUUGAAAGUGAUUUUAUAUCUUUCUUUCUUCCAUCUUGUGCUAUCUUAUGGGAAGAAAGUGCUUUCUUAGGAUCUGCAUUGCCUAUAUGGAAGAGCUCUCUAUACAAUCUUUUCUUCUUCUUUUUCCAUA